GUGUAUAGGACCUAGGACAGCCUAUAUAAAGUGUGGUUAUCUGACAAUUCGGCACACAAGCCCUAGACUUGCGGUGAAGUACUGUGUUAGACUAGAAACAAUAGGAAAAUGUUUGCCAAGUUAGUUCUCGCAUGUGCGCUUUUCUGCGCAGUCAGUGCCGGGUUGAUAGCUCCCCAUGGAGCCCUGUUGGGACACGGGCUAGCUGGAGCAUAUGCCCCGGGUUUGGCUGGCCUUGCCGCACCCGCUUAUGGCCUCGGCUUAGGACACGGUGCCGUGGUUGCUCACGGUGCUCCUCUGUUACGGGCACCCCUCGCACACGCCGCCGCCCCUGUUGAGAUCUAUUCCCAUCCCCGGUACACCUUCAACUACGGUGUUGCUGACGGCCACACCGGCGACCAGAAGAGCCAGUGGGAGGCUCGAGAUGGAGACGUCGUGAAGGGCCAGUACUCCUUGGUCGAGCCUGAUGGCACCGUGCGCACAGUCAACUAUUCCGCUGACGACCACAAUGGAUUCAACGCAGUCGUGAGCAGACAAGGUCACGCCGCGCACCCAGCCGCCGCCCCCGUAGUCGUCGGCCAUGGACUUGCGCAUGGCCAUCUUCUAGGCUAGGACCGACAUCGUCCUCCCGAUACACAACCACGACCUCUAUUUAUUAUUACGUUAAUUAGGUUAAACACUAUGUAUGGAAUGAGAUAAUAAAUGGCAAUGCUUCGCAGUCCAUGAUCGAACGACGAAGAGAAGAAAAGCGAUAUUGAAGUGGAGAUAGUCAUGAAACAUACCACCAGAAUAACAGCCUGGACUUAAAGUAUCAUAUCUGAGAGGAAAAUGUCAAAAGCAAAUUUGACUUGGACUGUGUAAGAGGCUCGACGUUUCAUAAUGUGUACUUAUGUCUUUGGGACUACAUGGCCCUUUUCAUACCUACUUACUACUUUUGCUAAAAUGCUGCGACUAUUGCUAUUGUAUAAUAUUUUCUGUCCUUAGGUCUUCAGACUAUUUAAUGGUAUAUCUGCUUGUCAAACGUUACAGACACUUCAUCGUAUAUUGCAGUUUUAUAAUGUGUCAAAACAUAGCUCAAAUUGAAACUAGGCAAUCUAACUUCCUAGUUAGUAUAUCUGUUGUUUUGUAGCAUUUAAAUUUAGCGUGAUACAUUUUAUGAAACGUCUGAUAUAACGCCUGUGGAGUGCUAACAAAAGCUUCCGCUUUUGCGACUGAUGUUGUAAAAUAAUAUACUGUUCAUAAUGA